AUGGCUUCUUCCGACGACCUCACGCACUCCAUCGUCGGUCUUGGCAACCCAUUGCUCGACAUUUUGGUCGAUGUGACGCCUGACUUUUUGAAGAAAUACAACCUCCAGCUGGACAAUGCCAUCCUCGCAGACGAGAGCCACGCGCCCAUGUUCGAAGAGCUCCAGACACUCGAUCCAGUGUUUGUAGCAGGUGGCGCGACGCAAAAUAGCAUCCGCAUCGCGCAAUGGAUGCUCAACAAGUACAACAAGAGUGCCACAUCUUUCUUUGGAAGUGUUGGGAAAGACAAGCACGGAGCCAAGCUGCAAGCGUGUGCCGAGGCAGACGGCGUGCACGUCUCGUACCUUGAGCAUACAGGCAUCAAGACUGGUACAUGUGCCGUGUGUGUCGCAGACUCGGAGCGUUCGCUCGUGGCUGAUCUGUCAGCUGCCAAUCACUAUCAUCACGACCAUUUGGCCAAGGCAGAGAGCCAGGAGAUCAUUGCCAAGGGCCGGUUGUUCUACACGGCGGGUUUCCACCUGACUGUGUCCCCACCGUCCGUGAUGACGCUUGCUGAGCAUGCCAAGGCCAAUAAUAAGGUCCUGCUCAUGAAUUUAUCGGCUCCUUUUAUCAUUGAGUUUUUCAAAGAACCUUUGAUGGCUGCGCUCUCGUUUGCUGACUUUGUCUUUGGCAACGAGAGCGAAGCCAAGACGCUUGGCAAGGUGCAGGGAUGGGGUGACGACAUUCCGACCAUCGCUCUCAAGACUGCUCAGCUGGAAAAAGCCAGUGGAUCGCGCUGUCGGACCGUCAUUUUCACUCAAGGUGCCGAUGCGACGGUGGUCGUGCACCAGGGCAAAGUGCACACGUUCGAGGUGCCAAAAAUCGCUGCGUCGUCGAUCAUUGACACGAACGGCGCUGGUGAUGCUUUUGUCGGUGGCUUCCUCUCUCGCUUGGCUCUGGACCAACCUCUUGAGAAGUGCGUGCAUGCUGGUCACUGGGCUGCUCAAGUCGUGCUGACCCGCUCGGGCUGCACGUUUCCAGAGAAUUGCGACUACCAAGAGUAA